GGGCGUGGUAAUGCCGCUCCUGCUUCGUCUGCAACACCUCACGCUGCUGCUAUGACACCGAUACACUCUAUUCGUAAAACCCUAUCAGCACGCGUGAUGGCUCUGCUCGCAGGAGAAAAAAAGAAUUUAAUCUUUCAAAUGAUGGCUUUUGUGACAUUGUUGAUGGCUUUAUUAUCCUUUUCAAGGCUCGAUCCGAGUUGGUCAGUUGCCAGUGAGCAAGCUACCAUACACAAUUGGUUAGGCAUGUUUGGAGCUUUUGUGGCGGAUGUUUUGUAUUAUGUCAUUGGGCUAUCAGCGUGGUGGAUUAACAUCGUGCAGAGUUUUCGUCAUAAACAAGCUGUUCAAGAAGAUAGAAAAGUUGGUGAAAUCGUUGAAAAGGCAAGAGAAGAAAAAGUUAACGAGUAUAAAGCGCGUUAUGAAGACCAUCAACCUGUACAAAUUAUUCGAAACGUUAAACCUGUCAAAAUUCAUGAACGGGUCGAAGUUGAAAAACAACAAGUCUUGUUCCGUGACGAGAGUCGUCCUGAGUUGCCGCCAAUUAGCUUAUUAGACCCUCCUGAACCACCGAUGGAAACGGUAUCUGAAGAGUCCAUGGCUUUUACCUCAAAACUGAUUGAGAAAAAAUUGGCUGAUUACAAUAUUGAUGUGCAAGUGGUGUCUGCCUACCCAGGCCCUGUUGUGACGCGUUACGAAAUUGAGCCAGCUUCAGGGAUUCGUGGUAGCCAAAUUGUUAAUUUAUCGAAAGAUUUAGCUAGAGCCUUGUCGGUUUCUUCGAUUCGAGUGGUGGAGACGAUCCCAGGGAAAAACUUAAUGGCACUCGAGCUACCCAAUCCAGUUCGUCAAAUGGUGCGCCUGUCAGAGAUUAUUGGCUCUGAAGUCUACAACGAUAGUACAGCACCCUUAACCAUUGCCUUAGGGAAGGAUAUAGCAGGGGUGCCCAUUAUUUCAGAUUUGGCCAAAAUGCCACAUUGUUUGGUCGCAGGUACCACAGGUUCAGGGAAAUCGGUCGGUAUUAAUGCAACGAUUUUAUCGCUGGUUUAUAAAUCCAGCCCAGAUGAAGUGAAGUUAAUUUUAGUGGAUCCUAAAAUGCUUGAAUUGUCCGUAUACGAAGGGAUUCCUCACUUGAUUUGUCCCGUGGUAACCGACAUGAAUCAGGCGGCCAAUGCGCUGAAUUGGGCGGUUAAGGAAAUGGAACGGCGCAACUUACUCAUGAGUAAAAUGGGUGUGCGUAAUCUUGCAGGCUUGAACAAAAAAAUUGAUGAGGCCAUUGCCAAGGAAGAACCUCUUUUAAACCCACUUUCUUUGACACCUGAUGCGCCAGAACCGCUAAAAAAACAACCUUAUAUUGUUGUGAUUAUUGAUGAAUUGGCUGAUUUAAUCAUGGUGGUCGGUAAAAAAGUGGAAGAACCCAUUGCGAGGAUUGCACAAAAAGCACGCGCUGCGGGUAUCCACAUGAUUUUAGCGACGCAACGCCCUUCAGUUGAUGUGAUUACAGGAUUGAUUAAAGCUAAUGUCCCAACCCGUAUUGCUUUUCAGGUAAGUUCCAAAAUUGAUUCUCGUACUAUCUUAGAUCAGCAAGGGGCGGAAAGUUUGCUGGGCAUGGGCGAUAUGUUAUUUUUGCCUCCAGGUACGGGUGUACCCCUACGUGUGCAUGGUGCAUUUGUUUCUGAUGACGAGGUUCAUCGUGUAGCCGAAGAGUUGCGCAAGCAUGGUUCGGCAAAUUAUCUCGAUGAAAUUCUCACAGGGGGUGAGAAAGAAGACGGGGAUUUUGAGGUCGGUGAGGGGGGAAGCCAAGGCGAGGCAGAUCCGAUGUAUGAUAAAGCCGUGCAAGUGGUCCUUAAAACAGGAAGAGCCAGUAUUUCUCGAGUGCAACGUGAGUUAGGGAUUGGUUUUAAUCGUGCUGCAAAGCUCUUAGAAGCUAUGGAGCAAGCUGGCUUGGUUUCGUCGAUGGCGCGCAAUGGUUCCCGAGAAAUUUUGGUAUCACGCUCGGUGGCUGAUGAUGACUUUUAA